UUUACAAAACCAGCACAUUUUAUACAGUGAGAUGCAGUGGGUACUGAUGGCAGAUAUUCAGGCCCUGGCACUGUAACACUGGCACUUAUACACAACUUUGGUUUGUUUCCCAUCUAUGCAGUCACAUGAGGGCUUCACUCUAACUAGAAAUGUACAAAACGGUGAAAAAAGUGCAAAAACAAACAAAAAAUAAAAAUAAAAGAACAAUUAGCUUUUUGUGGGGCAGAGAGUUACUUUAGGACUAGAGAAACGGUUAAAAGGAUAUUACAGAUGCCAGGUGACAAAAAGCUAUUUAAUUUCAGUUAGUCAUAUAUACAGUACCUGUGAGAGUGGGAUGAAAUCUGCAGCAAAUUUACAGAGCUAGUGGGGUUCACAGGUAAUCAGUCUUCAUUUAUGCAGUGUCUUCCUCUCCCCAGUCCUGCCUACAUCUGUGGCUUGAUUGGUCAAUUUCACUGGCUGUCUCAGAGCUACACUCUGAUUGGAUAAGCCACAAGAAGAAAUAUCCAAUCAGAUUGCAGCUGAUUAUACAGCAGAACUGGAGUUUGCAUGACAGGACAAACCUACUAAGAUGUUAAAGUAUCAGUGCAGAGAAAGUCAAGUACAGAGUGAGGCUUUUUUUUUUUUUUGCUAAUGUGCCAAGCAGGUUUGGGGAGGCUUAGCCUUCCCUAGCCUUAUUGAAAAUCCACCUAUGAGUGGGACAAAUGUCUGACACGUUUAAAUAUUUGCAGAACUGAACACACAGACACUGACCUUCAGGAACCUCUUCAACCUCCCUAUCAGUUCUAUAAGCUAGCAAUACAUAUACGUCUAUUAUAUACGUAGGUAUAAGGCAAUUUUUCCACAGUUUGGUUAAUAUCACAUUACUAUGAAAUAUGGCACGGCGCUACAAUAGCGACGUGAAUCUGAAAUGCCUCUUAUGCCUCACAAUGCAUUUUACGGCACCUGCUCAAUUCUUUGCCCGCAGCUCCCCCUACUGGCUGAUGUAGUUUGCUUGAUUUGUAAUGCCUACUGGCAAUUUGCCGCCUGCGAAAUCACUGCAGUGGUUGAUCAGACCAAAGUAGCUGCUGAUGCUGCAGGUGAACCUAAGAGGGGAAGCAUGAAGAGGCUGUGCAAUGAACGGAAUCCAGGUAAGGGGCUGCUGAGGAAAUAGUGCUGGGAAUGCUGGAAUGCUUAGCUUGUUAUGUCAGAUGGACAAAUUGGGUUUAUACAAACAUCUAAACCGAGGCAAAGAGUCCGACGCUGUAGUGUGCAAGAUUUAUGCAAUUUGAAUUGGCUAGAAUAUAGCAGCGCCCCCUGCGGUUGAAGCGGAGUAACACUCUGACAAUGAUACCCCUGCAAACUGAGAUAAUAACAGAAGAAUUACUAGUAAGUCUCUGCAGGAAUAAGUGUUAAGGUAACUACAGGGAGCUCCUCUAACAGUCCCAGGUAAUAAUUUAAACUAUGGCUGACCUGAUAUGACUCCCUCUCAGCAUCCCUACACAGUAUGUCUCAGGAGGAUUGCCCUAAACGUCAUGCCAUUACGACUGUAUCUAUGCACUACAUCGGAUCUCUCGCUGCAGUUGCCUAACAUGCCUAUAAAUGCCACAGAAGAACAUCUGAGUAGGUUCCCAUUCCUGCAAGCUCCGGUUCUGCUGUAUUAUCAGCUGCACUCGGAUGUAGGCAGGACUGGGGAGAGGAAGACACUGCAUAAAUGAAGACUGGUAGGAGGAUUGUGCAGGCUGUAGCUACCUGAGAACCCCACUAGCUCUGUAAAUUUUUGCAGAUUUCAUCCCACUUCCACAGAAAUGAGCAAGUUCUAGUUGACUUGUCCCAGGCAGGAUGCUGCUUCGCGUCUCUCUUUUGUUCUUUCAGCCACUUUUUCAAAGAGGGCUUGGGGAACCCCUCCAAAAGGAUGAGACUGAGGGUGCAUCUUGUGAGGGAGGUGGACCAUCCCUUUCAUGGUAUAUGAAUGGGGUGAAGCAAGAGGAAGGGCUUGGCAGGGAGCCCCCAUUUUUGCUACCUGUGUACCCUGGGAGUUCCAGCGUGCUUACACUUGUCGAAACCAGAGGAGAAAACUGCAGUGAUGCAUGGCUGAAAGGAGAGGAGCUACUGAGUGUGCACUUCCCUCCUGAUUCUCCAGUUAAUUCAGCCCAUACACCUGGAAUCUCCCUUCUCCUUCUCUUAGUGGUCCGAACUCAGCCGGCUUCCACUUUCACCCUGCGGGACCAUGAUGGACGAAAAACACUCAAUUCUUCCCGUCUUCUGCUGCUGGAUACUAGGAAUUUAGAUACCAAUGGUAGCCUAAGGGUGAAGGUCAGCACUGAGGAGAGAGGAGUCAGCCACACAUCUGUAAGUGCCCUGGGCCUCCUCUCUUCUCACGUUGAAGUGCCCCUUUUUGCCUUGGUUGUUGGGGGAGCAGGAGUGGUUGCUGGCAUCCUGCUUGUGAAUGCACUGGUCUGUUGUCUUCUGUUGAAGAGAAAGAGACGGAGUUAUGGAGUAAGAAAUCAGCUUACCCUAAGUACUUCCAAUAAUAUGAAACUUAACAACAGUUGUCUUCCUCGGGAGCAUAUGUCUCUACCAUCCAACCUACAGCUUAAUGAUCUUCGUCCCCAAGCUAGAGGACCCCUUGGUAGCUCAGAGGGGGAAACACAGGAGGAUGCAUCUCUGAGAUGUGGAAAUUUAGAUGACACAGGGUUUGACCGGUUUCCUUUGGUGGGCUACAUUUAUAAAGCAUCCAGUGUAAGCAGCGAUGAAAUUUGGCUCUAAGUACUUCAUGAAAGCUAUAGUUUUGGACUUCUACAACUGAGUUGUGGUUUUCCACCACAUUGGAUCUACAAACCUGUAGCAUGUACUAGGGUGCAGAAUAAGGUCUUCAUCUUAUCUGGGCAUUAGGAUUGUGUCUGGCCAUUCUGAUAAUACUAUAGCCUGGCACAACUCUCACAGGCCAGUCUACAAGAUUUAAUCUGUGUUAGAAUAUUUAGGGGGAAAAGGUGCAGAACUAUGCUGCUGCUAGCUGUUUGUGAUAAUGACAAAACUACAACCUUUUCUAACCUCAUUUAGGUUUCAGGCUAAAAUACAUAAGGCACAGACAGAACAAGAUAAUUCUACACAAAACCCUAUACUAUAAAGUGAUUACUAGCUUUAUACACUCCAUAUUAUGAGCUUGUUUAUAGAUGCAGUGGUAAGAACUAUUAUCUGGCUGCAGAUAUAAUCAACAAGGCCAUGCUGUAAUAAGCAAUAAAAGGUCAGUAGCAAAAUUUAUAGUAUACAGGGGUUCUUUGCAAGAACUGUAUCAAAACUUGGAUGUCCAUUUAUAAAAUGUUGAAUUUUUAGUUCUGAAAGUAAAGAAAUUUACUUAAUUUUGGUCAGGUGUGACCAAAGUUUAGCUGAAAUUUGUUAGUUCAUUAUUUCUGUUACAAAAAAGAAACACCAUGAAGAACUGCUCUCAUAUUUUGGGCAAAAUGAGAGCAGUCACUAGUAUUUUCCUGCCUUCUGCAAACUUUGUUGAAGCUGUUGAAAUGAUAUUGAAAUAAUGGGAUUUCGGUAACAUUUUACUACUUGGACGGAAUUUCCACCUCUAUAGAACAACUUGGAAACUUUUUGAAGCUUUAUUAAUAGGCAGGUCAAGCAUCAAUAGAAAGUGGUGCAGGCAUAAAAAUCAUAACUGUUACAUUGUAGAAGCUGUAGAAAUAGUGCAGCAGGCCAAUGGUACUAGGCAUGAUUCCAUACAUUGUUGGGAUCCAGUACCUCCAUGGGUGGAUGACAAGCAUCUGAUCUGAAAUUGCACACACACAGAUCCAAGCUAUUGGAAAUUAAUACAGAUCCCUCCCCCGAACUAUAGCUAUAAAAUGCUAUGUCUCAUUACCAAAAGAGAUGUUCUGUGCACCACUACUGUUAAAGGAUUUUAAUCCAUGUUUGUAUUUAAUUUUAGGAUCAAAAUCAACUAGUUAUAUAACAUUUAAAAUGCAGAUGAUUCAGUAUACAGGUAUAAUCAUCGAUUUCACGUUUCAUAAGGACAAAUACAAUAGAAGAAUUUCUGUAGUGGCUGCCUGCAAUAAUGCAUUGCUAGUGUUAUAUAUUUCAAAAAAAUAAAAAUAGCACAGCACUGGGUACAUUCCCAUCACAGUAUCACUAUACUGUCCAUUUGCAAUGGAAUAGUCAUAUGUGUUGAGCAAUACUCUAGCAAGCACUAACUGCUUCCUAUCUGCAUGUUUUCUCCUUGCAUUUGCAACCUAUUUCUGUCAAAUUAUUAGCAAUUAAUGGCACUGUCCUACUCUUAAUAUAUGCUUUUCAAACACUGUUCUAAGAUUAGUAUUCCUAUUGCUUAUGCAGCUUUCCAAUGAGAUGUAUGCAGCAGCAGCAGAAUAUUGUGCUUAUUUAGCAAUAUGGUGCAAAUUCCUGUGUUUCACAACCUGGGGAUUAGGGGUUAGUCCUCUGAAAUAUGUGGAUUACAAAAUGUACGAACUAUCAAACGAUAUAUAAUAAUGACUGUCAGUGAUUGCUGCCUUUAUACUUUGAAUUAAAUAAAAAAGGCUCCUUAGUUUCUCAUUUAUUGGGAUUAAAAGCA